CUCCUCCUCUGUGCCGGGCCUCCUCUCUGUGCCAUCGACCGAUCCGCUCCAACUUUCCCGUCCUGUUUCUUCCCGAAAAGUCCUCCAUUACAGGCGACGCAAAGGAACCCAAAUGGACGAGCCGCGACGAGAAAUAUGACACAUAAACCAUGGUGCUAGUGACCGAGCAGGCGGACCGACCCCUGACCCCGUUAUCCACCCCUGAACAAGUUUCCAACAAGGACUCCCGUGGGAAUCGAUCUGAGGUGGAGAAUGGAUUGGAGAGGAGACACAGGAGGCGUGGACGGUCCCCCGCAGACCUCCAGCUGUGUUUGGACACAGAGUCUGAGCCCACGGAGAGCAGGAAGAAACCAACACUUCUGAGAUCCAAACCUGUGGAGCAGCUUUCACCGAUGCUGAGUCCAACCGACUUUGAAACAAAAUUUGACAGGAAGAAGUCUCAACCAAACCAGUUGUCAAAGACAAAUGCACAGUAUCAUAAAUUGUUCAAAGAAGUAAGCAAAGAUGAAUUACUAAAACAAAGUUACACUUGUGCUCUGCAGAAGGACAUUUUGUACCAAGGCAAAAUGUUUGUCUCUGACAACUGGAUCUGUUUCCACUCCAAAGUCUUCGGCAGAGACACCAAGAUUGCAAUCCCAGUGAUGUCUGUCACAUUCAUCAAAAAAACUAAAACCGCUCUAUUAGUGCCAAACGCCCUUGUUAUUGAAACUACUACUGAUCAGCAUGUGUUUGUGUCCUUCCUGUCUCGAAACACCACGUACAAACUCCUGAAAUCCAUCUGCAUUCAUCUGGAGGUAAAUACCAUCCUCUAUGUGGAUAAGUCUUGCAGCAGCCCCAUCAUUUCCUCCUGUGAAAACAGCUUCAGAGUCAACUGCCCGUCGUCACUUCCCCUGGAUUUUUCUGGAGACUUCUCCGACCUCGACGGGGUUGUACGUCAUCGACGGCAGGAGAUGAUGGAGAGCAGCAGCUCCGGGUCCCAGACUCCAGAUUAUGAUAAACUGACAGAAUUCCCCGGCCUCCAGGACACCUUCCUGAGUGCAGUGAAGGGUGGAGAGGUUUCAGUCCAUGCAGACAUCCACCUCCAGUCUCCCAGCCAAAAACACGGAGUAUCCACGAAAAACGCGCCAACACAGCCAACACAAGGGGUCACACUCAAAGACAAACCGUCACAGCCUGUUUCAUUAAACGCCAUCCUCUUAAUUUAUUUGUUUCUAGUAAGUGUUCUCGUCUUGUCCUCCUGUUACAUGGCUUUCAAGAUCGUAGCUCUUGAGCAUCGCUUGAACUCCCUGGUGUCGAUGGGAGAACACAUAAGAAAUACCAUGAGCCACAGGUCCCAGGAUGCAGUGAACGCAGAGAUCUACGGGGAACUGUCUACCAAUCUGUUCAAGCUAGAAAAGAUUCAAAGAAACCUCCGGAAGCUACUUGAAGAGACUUAAGAGGCCUGUUUGGACAGAUUUCAUUUUGUUUGAAAUAUUGUUUUACGGCUCAGCAGUCAUCAAAUUUGGGAAUGGAUGUUGCCAAAACAUGGACGACUCAAACAGAUAGCUUUCUCUGAAUUGUGUGAACUGUAAACCUUAAACUGUGCAAUAAUAGUCUUUCUGGUCUUCUCACUCAGGACUGUUUUAUGGCUCUUUUUAGUCAAAAUAUUAUACUAGAAGGUAAAAUGAAGAAGUGUGUUAGUAUGCCAGCGUUAGUGAAGCGAGAGUUUAACUUAAUACAGUAUGUGUAUCUGAAAGCUUUGAUUUUGCAUUUCAUUAUGUAGGUCCUAUUUCAUAUGUUUUUGUCAAAAAGAAAUUUCAAAUAAAUUAUAUUUAUAUAAUGUG